CACCCGACUUCAUCGUUCGCGUCUUUCCAACUCUCAAACUAUGGCAUCGUUAUUAUAGCAACCUGCCACAUGCUUCAUCACGAGCCGUGCUUACACAACAGUCGGUAAUAUCUCGCAAUCACGGGUUGUUUUCCGAGGCGACCUUCCAGACCGGGAUGAAGAAGACACAAUGACAGCAAACGCGAGCAUGAUCACCUUCAGUGGUUCGGUCCUGGAAGCAGAUUUUCCUCGAAUAUCUUGUUCCUCACACUGGGACUCCCCGGAACAGACGGACAAACCUCAAAAGAUGUUGAGUAUCGAGUUCGCAAUGUUCGUUUGCGACAGUACAUAUCUGAGCGAACUCUUGUGCAUAUUUCAUAUCCGUUUUUCGGAGGCUCGACAAUAUCGCACUCUUCAAUUAUUCCGCGCUAUAAUCUCUGUUGCCUCAUCUUCGUUUCUUAUACUUUCCUCGACAUCCAUAUCGCGUGCGUACUUACCACUUGCCACUGAUAUGGACUUUCACUGGAAUUACUGGCAUCAAGACUCGCCCUUACAGCAUCAACCAUGAGGUCAGUGCGGCUCACGUGUGUUAUCCACUGGUGCCUGACCACUGCCACUCAAAUGUUGCGUAUAAGCCCUCACAGUAUUCUCUUCCAUUUUGGUCUUGAAAAUAUCAC